AUGGAAGAGUCGAUUAUACAAACGACCGAGAAAAACGCUGUGGUCCGAGAUUGGUCUCUAAGAACCCAGAAAGAAAAAGGGGCCAGUCUAAUGGAAGGAUGUAUUCCCAACCUACCCGAGCACGUAACUGUGAACGUUCGUCAGAAUAACCUUGAUGACUUGACUCAGAUUUGGAGACAGUGGGAUUCGGACACUAGAGACAUCUUCACUAAAAGGUACGGGGAUAUAGCCAGCAUGAUCGCCGUCUACAUAGAUGAAAGAUUAAUUCAGGCCAUGAUCAAAUUCUGGGAUCCGGCUUACCAGUGUUUCAUUUUCAAUCAAGAAGAUAUGACCCUAAUCAUGGAAGAGUACGCUGCUUUACUUCGUAUUGAUAAUGUGCAAUUCUACAAGAUAUAUAUGAAGGAACCCAAGCCGAUGACUUUCAAGAAAAAGCUGGUAAAGUUGACUGGCUUGACCGACAUAUGGGCCGAGAAACAAAUAAAGAAAAAGAAUGAAAUCAGUUGUAUUCCGUGGUUUUCCCUGCGGGAUUUAGUCCUAAAUCAUCCCGAUAUUUUGAAGAGAGUGAAUCUGUUCACUUUGGCCAUUUACGGAUUGGUCGUCUUCCCAAAAGUUCUGGGACAUAUAGAGGUUGCAGUAGUAGACUUCUUUGAAAAGUUAAAACAAGGAAUCAACCCUAUCCCAACUAUUCUGGCCGAGACCUUCAGAUCCCUAAGCAGUUGUAAGAGGAAAGGAUGUAACUUGGAGAGCACCGUGAUCCGCCCUUCGGUUCUGUUAUACAAGGUUGGAAACCAAGAUUGGGUGCCACUGCUCGGAUUAUGGGAAGGAGUAGGCUAUGCCCUGUUAUUGGCCCAGAGGCAGUUUUCUUCGCGACAAUUCAUACCCGCCACUGGAGGAUUAGCACAGUCUGAAUUUGCUUUCGCAAGUGAGGGUUAUACGAAAAGGGUCCGAGAUACGGCGAAGUCUUGGAAGAAAAUUCAUCUGAUGGAGUUGGCUCUAUACGCUGAUACUUUCACCCAGGAUUAUGAUGUAUGGAGAAAACAACGAAUGAAUAGUCAGCAAGUCUCGUCAACGAAUUAUACCUUCCAGAAUCCUUUUUUGGAAGAAAUGCCAUCUGAGCUAGAAAUGGCAAGACUGGAAUUUGAACGAGAAAAAGCCAAGAUGUCACGGGACCUUAGUGCUCUUCAAGAGGAAAAUUACCAGCUGAAGAUUGAUGUUCAAAUUGAAAGAUCCAGAGCCGAGAAAGUUCAAAAAGAAGCUGAGAUCAAAGGGAAAACGAAGAAAGAAGAAGGAAAAGCUGCGCGGGCUAUGUUAGAGCUAAGAAAGAAGAAUGCAGAAUACGAAACUGUGUCUACCGAAUUAAUAGCUAGUCGAUCUGAAUGUCGAGAGCUGAGAGAGAAAAUACGAGAAUUAGAAGAGACGCUGCAAGCUCGUCAACAACAGCUAGAUAUUCUCCUAGAAGCCUUGCAAGAAAAGAAUAGUCAGUAUGACAGAGAUACUCGUGCCUACGGAAGAACCCUCUAUGAAAAGGACGAGAAAUUGAGCUUUUGA